AGACACCAGCACUUACUGCCGUAGAGGCAGCCCACUCCGUCAGGAAUGUGGCUCCUCCGAUGCGCGCACCCCGUCCGGAUCUUGCUGCCGCUGCGAGGGGAGUGGAUGGGCCGGAGGGGCCUGCCCCGAAGCUUGACUCCAGGCCCCCCUCGCAGAAGGUACAGAAAGGAAGCCCUCCCGGCCUUAGAGGAGCCUGUGUCGCCUGUGACCACAACUGAAAUCCGCCAGUAUCUACGGACGCAUGGGAUACCGUUCCACGAUGGCCACAGUUGUCUUCGGGCACCAAGCCCCUUUGUGGGGUUCUCAGACUUCAGCAAUCUGAAGAAGGAUUCUCCCACUUCCUUCUGCCUCUUCAUUGACAAGACCACAGGACACUUUCUCUGCAUGACUAGCCUAGCAGAAGGGAGCUGGGAAGACUUCCAGGCCAGUGUGGAGGGACGAGGGGAUGGAGCGAAAGAGGGAAUCCUGCUUACUGAGAGCCCGGAAGCUGCGGACAGGGAGCAGGUCCUGAGAAUCUGGAACCGAGCCAUACCUCUUUGGGAGCUGCCUGACCCUGAGGAGGCCAAGCUGGCACGUGUGAUGUUUGACCUUACCAAGGUGACAGAUGACACACUCAAGAGGUUCAGUGUCCGUUAUCUUCGCUCUACUCGAAGUUUGGUCUUCCCUUGGUUCACCCCUGGGGGCUCAGGAUUACGUGGCCUGAAGCUGCUAGGGGCUGAAGGUCAGGGGAAUGAAGUCCAGUAUGUGGAGACCACCAUUCCCCGGCCUGGCGCCUACCACAACCUAUUCGGGUUACCACUGAUCAGCCGUCGAGAUGCUGAGGUGGUCCUGACAAGCCGUGAGCUGGACAGCCUGGCCUUGAGCCAGUCCACAGGGCUGCCCACCCUCUCCCUACCCCGAGGAACGGCCUGCCUGCCCCCAGCUUUACUCCCUUACCUUGAACAGUUCCGACGGAUUGUGUUCUGGCUAGGGGAUGACCUUCGGUCCUGGGAGGCCGCCAAACUGUUUGCCCGAAAGCUCAACCCCAAGCGAUGUUCUUUGGUGAGGCCUGGAAACCAGCAACCUCGUCCCCUGGAGGCUUUAAACCAAGGCUUAAGUCUUCCUCGUAUUCUUCGUACUGCCCUCCCUGCCUGGCACAAGUCUAUUGUGUCUUUCCGCCAGCUCCGUGAGGAGGUUCUAGGAGAGCUAUCAAAUGUGGAGCAAGCAGCUGGUGUCCGUUGGAGUCGCUUCCCAGACCUCAAUCGUCUGCUGAAGGGGCAUCGGAAGGGCGAGCUGACAGUCUUUACAGGACCUACAGGCAGUGGAAAGACAACAUUCAUCAGUGAGUAUGCCCUGGACUUGUGUACCCAAGGGGUGAACACACUUUGGGGUAGCUUUGAGAUCAGCAAUGUGAGACUAGCCCGGGUCAUGCUGACUCAGUUUGCUGUGACACGGCUGGAAGAGCAACUGGACAAGUAUGAGGAGUGGGCAGACCGCUUUGAGGACCUGCCUCUCUAUUUCAUGACUUUCCACGGACAACAAAGCAUCAGGUCUGUAAUAGACACAAUGCAACAUGCUGUCUACGUCUAUGACGUCUGUCAUGUAGUCAUUGACAACUUGCAGUUCAUGAUGGGUCAUGAGCAGUUCUCUACUGACAGGAUUGCUGCUCAAGACUGCAUCGUUGGAGCCUUUCGGAAGUUUGCUACAGACAACAGCUGCCAUGUGACUCUGGUUAUUCACCCACGGAAGGAGGAUGAUGACAAGGAGCUGCAGACAGCAUCCAUUUUUGGCUCAGCCAAAGCAAGCCAAGAAGCAGACAAUGUUCUGAUCCUGCAGGAUAGGAAGCUGGUGACUGGGCCAGGGAAACGGUAUCUGCAGGUGUCCAAGAAUCGUUUUGAUGGAGAUGUAGGUGUCUUCCCACUGGAGUUCAACAAGAGUUCCCUUACCUUCUCCAUCCCGCCGAAGAGCAAAGCCCGACUCAAGAAGAUCAAGGAUGACAAUGGACUAGUGGCCAAAAAGUCCUCUUCUGGCAAAAAGGGAGCUGGGCACCAGAACGCUGAGACUUGCUCCGGCCAGGACCCCAGCUCCUACCAGCCAGAUCCAAGUCCUUAAGGUGAAAGCUGUGCAUAGCCGCUUGCUGAAAUGAGCUUGAAAGGCCAGGCUAACAGACCCUUGGCCUUCUGCUAGGGCUCUUCCAUGUAGUCCUGAGAUAUGGAACCUUCCCAGCCUUUGGCUGGGUUCCAUGGUGAGAAAAUUGAAUUCAGCAGCUACUGGGGACCUCCUGAAAGCUGGGUUUUCUUUAUAUAUAUGCACACACACAGCACUAAAAAAGACAAGGUCUGUUUCCAAAGAACCGGCAUUUCGGUAAAGGAACAAAGUGAAUAGUGUGAGACUGCUUACAGACUAGUUUUCAUUUGGCAGUCUGAAAAGGUCAGAGGGCAUGUGAGAACUAGGACUGUGGGCCUUGUGAACCUCUGGAGAAAGGGUCCAGGCAGAGAAACGUACUAAAACCUGAGGUGGGAAUGAGCAGGUCAGACAGUGACGGUAGGCCCCGGAACUGUCAUGCAACAGGAGGCUUCCUGCUGAAACUCCUGCAGUUAGGCAUUCAGAGGCACCAAGCCUCUCUGUUCUCUGCUCUCUGCUGUGUAGAGCCAGGCUUUGUAAGGUAGGUGUACCUGUUAGAACUGACCUAGGUGCUUAAGCCGGUACUCUCAGGGCCUCAAAGAAGGGAGCUUCCUCCCACUGUAUUGCAUCGCCAUAGAACCUUGGAAAGAAGCUGUGAGCCCACGGUGGCUGCCUCUGGGAUACUGAUUCCAUUGUAUGCUGCCUCUGACAGCUGCAGUUAGGACUCAGAGCCUUUUCCAGUUUGAAUGAAACAUUGCCUUUG